UCACCUGCUCGCACCUCCACGGUGGACACCACCUGGCACUUCCUCCUCCUCGGCCACAUGUCCCUCACCGUCGCCAUGGCCAUCGCCACCACUAGCAGCACUGAGAAGGAACUCAAUCAGCUCCCGCCGCAUGGUGUGCAGGGCCGCUGUGUUGUGUUGCGCCUGGAUGAGGCCGAUCAGCGGGAUAAAACCAUGGCCCGUCUGCAGCAGCGCCUGCGCACCCGGCACGCUGAUCCCACCCCUGCCAUGGCGUCGUUGGGCCACACACACACACACACACAAGUGCGUCACCUCAUCCUUCUGCUCUGCUCUGCUCACGGAUGCUAUACUUACCUGUGGUCAGUGACUGUGUCGCGCGUGUAGUUGUAAGUGCGGAUCUUUUCGCUCCUGUCGCCCGUGCCCUGGUGCUCUGCGCGCACGUCCGAGGCCGCCUGCCAUGCCACCAGGAAGGCACACCAUUCGUGUCUGGUGUCGUGUGUAGGGGAUAGGGUGUGUGUGUGUGUGUGUGUGAUUGGGGGGCGGGGACUACCUGUGCCUUGGUUCUGCGCUGUAUGUCGAAGAGCCGGGCCCUCAGCAGCGACAUGGCCUUGACGCGAUUGGAAAUCUGGCAGCAAAGGAAACAGACAGACAGACAGACAGAUGUGUGUUCGUUUCAUGAGUGUCGGCGGCCAUGGGCAUGGCUGCGCUGCGCUGCGUGUGUAGAUUAGAUUACCAGUGAGGAUGUGUCGCUGACUUUGACGGCGAUUUUGGUGGGUUUGUGUGUGAUCCUGACGGCCGUGUCGGCCAUGUUGACGCUCUGCCCCCCCGGCCCGCUGCCCCGCAUGCUCUCGAUCUUCAAAUCGCCAGAAGAUAUCGACACUACACACACAGCCACACACACAUAUCACAGAUAAGGCACGACCCACCUGCUCCCCUCUCUGUGCCCAUCUCCCUCUCUUGCCUUCAGUCGUGUCAGCCUUGGGCAGGACGACCACCGAUGCGGCACUGGUGUGGAUGCGCCCCAUCCUCUCCGUCUUGGGCACCCGCUGCACCCGGUGGACCCCGCCCUCCCACUUGAGCCAGCCGUGGGGGGCGGCCGCACUGCCGCUCACCUCGGCGAUGGCCUCCCUGUAGCCCUCACCGCCCCCCUCUGAGGACCGCUGGACGUCCAGCGGCGUGAAGGUGAGCGCAAGGGCGGUGCAUGCGCUCUCGUACAU